GCCCUAGUAUUUUCCGGUAUUUUCUCCGGUCACACUGCCAGCAGGCCGAAGUUUCUCGUCCAAUUGGGAUUAUUUCAGAAUUUCAGUUACUAGCUCGUCAUCAAAACAGCAACAACUGUUGAAAGUAAAAUUCUUUCGUGAAACCGAGUCGAUAAAAAACAAAUAAAACAAACAAUAUGGUUCGCCGUGGACGUUCAGCCAGCCCUCCGCCCUCCACUCGUCGCACCGCACCUGUGCAGGCCCGUGCCCCGGCCCCAGCUCCGGCACCUGUCCAGGCACGUGCCCCAGCCCCGGCUGCCGCUGCCCCCGUGCCUGCGCCCAUGAGUGCUCCUCCCAGUGCCGUCGGCAUGCCGGCACCGCAGCAGCCAUCGAUGUUCCAGCAGAUGGCCGCCACCGCUGGAGGCGUGGCCGUGGGCUCAGCCAUUGGACACACCGUCGGUCAUGGACUGACCUCGCUGUUCAGCGGCUCUGGCGACAAGGAGGCAGCUGCUCCCGCUCCGGCUGCAGCCGCUCCUGCCCCCCAGCAGCCCUACUACGCCCAGCAGCAGCCCAAUGAGCCGCAGGGAGCCUGCGCCUGGGAGCUCAAACAGUUCAUCCAGUGCGCCCAGGGUCAGGCGGACCUGACCCUCUGCGAGGGAUUCAACGAGGCGCUGCGGCAGUGCAAGCAGAGCCACCAUCUCCAGUAGACGGGGAAUACCACCAGCUCCGGCAGAAUAGCACCUGGUCAAAUCCCGGAUGAACACAGCCCGGAUGAACACCUCCGGAUGAAUUCUGUCCUACCCCUUCGUUUAGUUCUUAAUUGUUUAAUUGCAAGCAUCUGAAAGCAAGGCAUUGUUUAAUUGUAGUGCAAAUUGAAAUGUUAAAUAGAAAAUCCCGUUGGCAGCUCAAAGCCCUUUCCAAAAAAAACAAAACAUCAAGCUAACCAAACCCCACGGGCUGUCAAUGUGGGCCAAAACAAAACGAAA